CGUCAGCGUCACGAAUCACUUGUGAUUACAAAUUACAAUUUUGGAAUUUUGCGGAGUUACGAGUUACUAAUACUAAACUAAUAUGGGUUUUUAAUAAUGAAUAAAUAUAGAUAGUUACGUUAAAUAAACAAUUUAUAUAAAUCUCGUCAAGAUGAUGCUAACAAUAAGUGGAUUGCCACUGACGACCACGUAUAAAGAUAUUAAGUUGUUAAUUAAAAAGCAGUGUAACAUGAAUGACUUCAUUUUGGAUGAAUUGGUGAAAGAUAAUGGGUUGAAGAAAGUUAGAAUUGGGCUGCCGGACGAAAGCGAAGGAAGCCACCUUAUAAAAUGUCUGGAUGGAUUCUGGGUCAUGGGAUGCGCGCUGCGGGUUGUUCCAGUCGCAAAAUCGCAAAACUCGCAGCAGAACUAUGGUCCGCAAGGGAACUACAACCAGCCCUGUAAUGAUUACCAGCAAGACUACCAUCCACAAUGGGAGCCCAACAUGCCGGCUAGCCAGUUGACGAGCCCGCAGUGGACUGCCAAUCCGAUAGGACCGGGACCAGGACCAGGGUCCAAUAACAACUCGUAUGGGUACCAACAGGGCCCUGGGCCUAAUAAUAAUAUGCCACCUCAGCAUCAAAACAUGCACCAAAAUCAAUAUUCAAAUCAGCAGUAUGGUCACCAAGGGCCACCGCAGAACAUGGGCUCCCAUGCUCCAAACAUGGGUCCAAAUGGUCCGAACAUGGGGCACGGUAUGGGACAGAUGAGGUCGGAUGGGAAGCCAUUCCCGCAGCGGGACCAGUUCCAAAGACCUCAAGAUCAGGGUUAUGGAGGACCUCCUAGGAAUGUGCCAGACUCUGGGCCGCCGGGUCAACGGCCCCACGCACUCCGUACGGUGGAAAUUGUGGACUCGCGUAUGAACAGGCCUGGAGGACAGCCAAAUAGGUUCCCGGGGCAAAGCUACCCAGCGCAAAGCAAACCGAUUACAAUAAUGAAAGACAACUUCCAAGGGCCGAGCCAAUAUAGCCCUGGACAGAGCUCUGGGCCUCCGCAAUCUCAACCGUGGAUACAACAACAGCAGAAACCCUUCGACAAGCCGUCUGGUCCGUUUGACAAGCCUUCCGGACCGUACGACAAGCCUUCCGGACCGUACGACAAACCGUUCGAUCGUACAGACAAGCCGCACGACAAGGAUUACGGCCGGCCGAAGUCUCCUAGGAGGCAUUCACCCGAUAGAAUGUCGCCAAGGAGGCAUUCGCCCGGCCGACGCCUGUCCCCUGGUCGACGCAUGUCCCCUGGACGACGCAUGUCCCCUGGUAGACGUACGUCUCCCGGCCGCCGCAUGUCUCCUGGACGACGCGUGUCUCCUGGUCGACGCAUGUCGCCUGGUCGACGCAUGUCGCCUGGUCGACGCAUGUCUCCUGGCCGACGCAUGUCCCCAGGGCGAGUGUCGCCUGGCAGACGGAUGUCCCCUGGACGGCGGGAGCCGCCGCGAGAUGAUAGAAGAUCACCGGGCCGUAUGGGGGCAGGAAUGGACCCGAGCAGACCGCAGUGGAACGCUCGCCGCAUCUCGCCCGGCAAGCGAUCGCCGGAGCGAAGACCCGAACCAGGAAGCGCAAGGUACUCCCCAACUCGCCACACCAUGGAUAAACGUGACGACUUCAGAGAUAACAAACCAAUCCGACCCGCCUACGAACCAAUGCCUCAAGCGCCAAAUCAAGCUAUGUACUCAGGUGGAUACCGUCCGAACGUCGAAAAGGAUUAUCCCAAACCCGGGCGGCCCGUCGAGCCGCCAUCUCCUUGGCAGCAGAACAGGGACAAACCUAUUCGACCAGAUAUGUUGAAGCGAGACGACGAACGAAUCCCGCCGCGUAUGCCAUUUGAAAGACAAGGAAAGGACAAAAGAUCUCAUUCGCCGAGGAAGAGUCGAUCGCCCGUUCGCAGAGACAAGUCUCAAGAAAGAUUCAAGAGGCAUUCGCCUUCGCCACGCUCGCCGCGGCGUUCCUGGGCUUUAGAGAAGCGACGAAGCCCUGAGAUUCGAGAGGCCCCACCACCACCCAUUUGGCCAGGGCAAGCUCCUCUAGAAGAAAAGAGACCAGAUUUUGAAGAACCAAGAAGGCCCGUAUGGGAAUAUGAUAAGAAGGCUGUCGAUGUCAGAAGACCAGAUGAGGAACGUAGAUUCCCCCUGCCAGAUACUAUUCGUGUGCGUACCGACUUGGGCCCCCGUUCAGAACUGGACUUACGCGACGACAGGUUCGGACGGGACGGCCCUAAGUUUAGUCCCAGAGAUGAUUUCGACAAGAAGGUACCCAAAUUUAGCCCGAGAGACGGAUUCGAGAAAAAAAGCAGAUUCGCUCCCCUCGAUGAUUUGGAAAAAAAAGCCAAGUUCGAUCUACGAGAUGACUUCGAGGCAAAUAAACCUAAGUUUAGUCCGCGAGAUGACUUCGACGAUAAAAGAUCUAAGUUUGUGCCAUUCGACGACAAAAGAACAAAAUUUUCACCGCGGGAAGAAUUCGCCAAACCGCCCGUAUUUAGAGACCCACCUCGAGAUGAAUUCGAAGAUCCUAAAUUUGGCCGCGACGACGUUAGGAAAGACCCGAAAUUCUCUCGAGAGUUCGACAGACCCAAAUUCAGUCCUAGAGACGAUUUUAACGAUCAUCGUGAUGAUUUCCGAAGGCACGAAGAGGAAAGAAAAUGGGAUGUCCCGAAACCAGCUGAAAGAGAGGAUUACAGAAGAGAGGUUCCCGUGAAAAAACCUGAAGCAAGAAUGGAGUUGCACAGAGAAGUCCUCCGUAAGAUGUCCGAAGAACUGGAUAAGGACUUCGAAGAUGUACACAAAAGAGCGCGAGAUUUCCAAAGGAGGGCUGAGGAGUUCCGCCGAGAUGACCGCAGGAGGGAUUACGAUCGCAGAGAACCAGAGCCGCAGACAUACGAAGACCGUCCAAAGUAUGAAGAUAGGCCAAAGCCUCGCGAUGACGACCGCUUCCGUUUUGAAGAGCGCAGAAAAGAAGACUGGAACACAGAAGAACAUAUCAAAUCUAAAGCCAUCAAAGCCAAAAAAGACAAGGCAAUCGAGGAAAUCACACAGAAAAUCCUCGACAAACACAACAUAGACGCAGACGCGGAACAGAACAAACGCAUCUGCCAGGAAUUGAAGCUUGCUGUGAGCAGAAUCUUUACCGAAAUGUUCGGAGAGAGCGAUGUAUCGUUCAUAGAGCUAAUAGUCAAGUUUAACGCCAAAUAUAGCGGGGCCGGCGAGGACAAGAUUCUCAGAGAUGUCAUGUCAAGCUUUCCUAGUCAAUUCAGACCGAAACGUUCCAAUCCAGACUAUUCUGAAGCCCCUCCAAAGAGCGCUAAGCACUUUACAGACCCAUCUCCAACUCAAGGCGAUAAUAAAACAAAGCCGCAUGUUCCAGAGUGGGAUAUGACCCAAGCACCAGUCACGCCUAACGUGGGUAUUUCGUUUCCGCCACCAUCAAUGAUGCCUGUGAUGGCUCCCAUGAACGCUAUGAUGGUUCCUCCGGUGUAUCAGCAACCCUUUCAGCAAAAUGAGAAGCAAGCAGACAACAACAUACUCUAUCUCUGCAAAGACGACUUCGAACCGUUUACAGAUCGCGAAGCCGUUUUACUAAAAACCUACUUAAUUCAGCAAAUCGUUAAGGAAUCCGAAGCCGGCCAAUGGGCUCCAGAUUUCACUUUCAGAGGCCUCCACAGCACGCUACGCUACGAGCUACAGAUGCGCGACGAAUUCUCCAAAGAGUGGCUUUUCAAACACGAUUUCAGCAAAAGCGGCUUCAAAUUCAACAUCCUAGUUUACACUAGCGAGGAGCUUUGGUAUGAGAGGGCUGCUAUAUGGCUUCCGGGUCAUUCCAGGUGUAAAAUCGAGCCGCUUGAAAAGCUUAAGCUGCAGAACAAAAAUCUCGACGGUGCUAGGGUAAGUAAAUGGAAACUCGUCAAGAAAAUCGUUACCGCCAAAGGCACUAGAGUUUAUGUUGAUAUGCCACCAGCGGCGGCUCGCGCUCUUGAAAGAUACAACAUGAAUCUCAGUUACGAACUGCAGAAAGUCAGCGUUUUCUUGAAAGCGGUCGCUAUAGAUAAAGACGCGUUCGAUUUAGGAUUGAAAGACCAGUCUAUAACAAAUCCAAUCGAACUAAAGAAUGCUGCGAUUAACAACCCGAUGCCGAUGAUCACCAAUGAUCCCAAAUUGGUAAAAAUCACUCUACCCGGCAACAAAAAUCUGGGCAUCAAUCAGGCUCGAAAGAUCAGAGAGUUAAUUAUCUCUCAAAUCUUCAAAUAUCACCAAGAAGGAGGUAAAAGUAACACCGAUUUCGUAAAACACGGCUUUCAAAGCCCUCGAUACUUCGGCAUUCUUCCGGAAAACCACGACUCACAACGAUGGUUGAUGAAAUUGGGUGACUGUAAUUUGAGCAUGAAUAUAGUGGUUGUAGGGGCUGAUGAGGCCAGCACUCGAUAUAUACCCAUGUAUAUAUCCCUACCAGAUGAAGACAACAGAGUGAACGCACUCAUUGUUCUUGAGAGACUCAAGCAUAGUAACAGAGGAGUUAAAGGAAUAGAUUUCAGCAAAUGGAAAGUUCAGAAACUCCAGAAAGAGUUUCGCAACAAAGCAGUGUUUGUAAGAUUGGAGGUGGAUAUUGACGUUGUAUCAGUUGAGACUAUUAUGAAAAUGAAUUACAAACUAGACUUUGUCGAUGAGAGAAAUCGCACUGUAGUCGCUGAAGUGAAGUAUCAUAAAUCUGAGAAGGUUUUGCUGGAGUUAAUUAAAAAGUUGAAGUCAGAGUUACAAGAUACUUAUGAUGAAACUGAUAUGGAUCUGGGAUCUGAAGGGAGUGAUGAUGAUGAGGUGGUUUGCCUGGACAAUAACCCUGAUAUAGUUUGCAUUGAUAAUUAGUUCUUCGAAGAUUUCAGGUGUUCGUGACGUGACGCAUAUAAUGAUUAUUUCGUGAUUAUGAAUAUUGAAAGCUUUGAACUUAUAUUUGGCCAAUUUUAAACCCUUAACGUGAAAAGAUCAAUCAAUACCCGUGAUUAUGUUACACAUAAUAACAAUGUUAUGUUUAUAAAAGGUUUUAAAAAGAAACAUUAAAUAAUUACUAAUACUAAUUUCAAUAGUACUGCGUACAAGAAAAACGAUUCAAAUUGAAUUACUUGAAUAAAACAAUUACACAGUUACAUACACUAUAAAUGCGCGAAACUGGAGUGGAGUGGAGUGUUGGCAGUUGGUUGGUAAUAUAAGGGUUUUUAGAUUUGGCGAAAUAUAUUUGCUAUUUCCCGUUGUAUUUGGUUUUCUGUAGACAUGUAAGUAUGCGAGCAGACGCAUUUAUGUUUUAGGAUUAAAGCUUGAUUUAAUACUUGA